UUUGAUUGACAAAUGCAAGCAUCCGUGCAGCUUCCCCGCGACGAUGGGAUCGACGGCAAAGGCCCAGACGAAUGUGCGACCCAGCGACGCACCCGGCAAUGGCACACGCAGCUGGGCCUCAUUAGUUUUGUCAUCUUUGGCGCCGAGGCCUCGCGGGGCAUCACGAUGCCGACACUCUUUCCUUACUGCCAGUCGCUCGGUGGCGAUCUCUACCUCAUGGGCCUCCUCACGUCCGUCUUUAGCCUCGGUCGCCUCAUUUCAUCGACGGUCUUUGGCUACCUCUGCGACAAGUACUCGUUCCGCGCCGUGUACAUUGCGUCGUCGGUCAUUGGCCUCAUUGGCAAUAUACUCUACUUGCUACCACACCCCCACACAUUGCUCCUCAGUCGCUUCCUUGUUGGCGUGAGCUCUGGCAACCUCAGUGUGUGCAGAGCCGACGUCGCCGCCAAGACGCACCUCGAGCAUCGGCUCAAGUACCUCACCAUGCUCGCACUCAUGGUGUACCUCGGCUACGCGCUCACGCCAGGAAUCGGCGGGCUCCUCUCCAACGUCGACUGGACCGUCGCGGGCCUCCACAUCGAUGCCUACACGGUCCCGGGCGUCAUCUUGGCGGCGCUCAGUGCGCUCUCGCUGCUGCUCAUCGUGUGCCUCUACGACGACUCCAUUUCUGUCGAGGACGCACCCGAGGCCAAACUCAAGACCAGGACCGUGACCGCCGCGUCGUCGUUCGUGCUCUCGGACACACUUGUUUACACCGGCGUCGUCCUCUUCAUCUUUCUCAAUAUCGUCGCGCGCGGUGUGCUCUCGAUCUACGAGACGAUCAACGUGCCGCUGUUUGCCCAGGUCACGGGCGAGAAGAACACGACGAUGAUCGCCGCUGCGUCGGCGUUUCAGUUCCACCUCGGUCUCCUCGGGCUCGUCGCGUACUUCGCCAUUGAGGUCUGGCACCGCGCCGUCUCGGACGUCGCGUGGCUCGUCGGUGGCUUCCUCGCUUUGGGCAUCGGCAACUUGAUUCUUGCCGUACGCACGACGCCGACGUACGUGGAGCUCUGGUUCGGCGUCUUCUUCCUCUGGAGCGUGGGCAGUCCGAUUACGACUGCAGUGUGUGUCUCGGCCAUGUCCAAGAUCCUCGGGACGCGCCAGCAAGGCAAGUGGAUGGGCCUUCUUGGGUCCGCCGCCUCGCUGUCCCGCAUCGUCAUGCCGAUGCUACCAGCGCUCUUUGCGUCGUCGUUCACACCGCUCUUCUUUAUCAACGUCGGGCUCUGUAUCGUGGCCAUGACCGCACUCUUGGCUUUUGAUCUAAUCGUGAAGCGAGCCAAAGCCAUGGCACCAAGGGCCGCCGCCAUCGUGCCGAUCGCGUCCCAGGCUGCCACGUAG